AUGCGGCCCAUGGUCAUGCAGGGAUGUCCCUACACGUUCCCACGAUGUCAUGAGUGGCGGGCAGCUGACCAAUCCCAGCACAACGGUGGCCUCAACACCACCCGCCCCCAGCCUCAGGUAAGAGCUGGGGCGGCCACAGCUGCGGCUUCUCAGGAUGGCACAGAGCCGACCUGUGUGAGGCAACAAGUCCUGAACAGUGCCAUCGGGCCCCUGGAUGCUCCAGCCAUGAAUCUGUGCUGGAAUGAAAUAAAAAAGAAGUCCCACAACCUCCGGGCUCGACUUGAGGCCUUCUCAGAUCCCAGUGGGAAGCUGCAGCCCCCUCUUCAAGAGAUCAUUGACUGGCUCAGCCAGAAGGAUGAGGAACUGUCUGCUCAGCUACCACUCCAGGGGGCCGUGGCCCUGGUACAGAAGGAAAAGGAGACUCACUCGGCUUUUAUGGAAGAGGUCAAGUCCCGAGGCCCCUAUAUCUACUCGGUACUUGAGUCAGCUCAGGCCUUCCUCUCCCAGCACCCCUUUGAGGAACUGGAAGAACCCCAUUGUGAGAACAAAGAUGCCUCCCCCAGACAGAAGAUCCAGAACCUCAGCCGCUUCGUGUGGAAGCAGGCAACUGUGGCCAGCGAGCUGUGGGAGAAGCUGACUGCCCGUUGUGUGGAUCAACAUCGCCACAUUGAGCGGACCUUGGAGCAGCUUCUAGAGAUCCAUGGAGCCAUGGGGGAGCUGGGGAAUGCCCUGACCCAGGCUGAGGGCAUCCGGGCUGCCUGGGAGCCCAUCGGGGACCUCUUCAUCGACUCCUUGCCAGAGCAUAUCCAGGCUAUUAAGCUGUUCACAGAGGAACUAUCCGCAGUGAAGGAAGGAGUGAAGCUGGUGAAUGAGCUCGCUCACCAGCUGGCCAUCUCUGAUGUGCACCUCUCCAUGGAGAACUCCCGGGCCCUGGAGCAAAUCAAUACUCGCUGGAAACAGCUGCAGGUUUCAGUUAAUGAACGGCUCAAGCAGCUCCAGGAUGCCCACCGGGACUUUGGGCCAGGAUCCCAGCACUUCCUGUCCACCUCUGUGCAGGUCCCCUGGGAAAGAGCAAUUUCACCUAAUAAAGUGCCCUACUACAUCAACCAUCAGGCUCAGACCACAUGCUGGGACCACCCCAAGAUGACCGAGUUGUACCAAACACUGGCUGACCUGAACAACAUCAAAUUCUCAGCUUACCGGACAGCUAUGAAACUCCGUCGAGUCCAGAAGGCCCUACGCUUGGACCUGGUAACCCUGAACACAGCUCUGGAGAUCUUUAAUGAGCAUGAUCUGCAGCCCAGUGAGCAUGUGAUGGAUGUGGUUGAGGUCAUCCACUGCCUGACAGCGCUGUACGAGCGGCUGGAGGAGGAGAGGGGCAUCUUGGUGAAUGUGCCACUCUGUGUGGACAUGAGCCUCAACUGGCUCCUCAAUGUGUUCGAUAGUGGGCGCAGCGGGAAGAUGCGAGCCCUGUCCUUUAAGACUGGCAUUGCCUGCUUGUGUGGAACAGAAGUAAAAGAGAAAUUUCAGUACCUCUUCAGCCAGGUGGCUACGUCGGGCAGCCAGUGUGACCAGCGCCACCUGGGGGUUCUGCUACACGAGGCCAUCCAGGUACCUCGCCAGCUGGGGGAAGUGGCAGCCUUUGGGGGGAGCAACGUGGAGCCCAGCGUCCGCAGCUGCUUCCGCUUCAGCACAGGGAAGCCAGUCAUUGAAGCUGCUCAGUUUCUGGAGUGGGCCAACCUGGAACCACAGUCCAUGGUGUGGCUGGCCGUGCUGCACCGCGUGACCAUUGCCGAGCAGGUGAAGCAUCAGACCAAGUGCUCCGUCUGCCGGCAGUGCCCCAUCAAAGGCUUCAGGUACCGGAGUCUUAAGCAGUUCAACGUGGACAUCUGCCAGACCUGCUUCCUAACGGGCAGGGCCAGUAAAGGAAACAAGCUCCAUUACCCCAUCAUGGAAUAUUACACACCGACAACUUCGAGUGAGAACGUGAGGGAUUUUGCUACAACACUGAAAAACAAAUUCCGGUCCAAGCAGUAUUUCAGCAAACACCCUCAAAGAGGAUACCUGCCCGUGCAGUCUGUAUUGGAGGCUGACUACAGUGAGCUGCCUGCCUCCUCCCCGAUGUUACCACACUCCGAUACACAUUCCCGCAUCGAACACUUUGCCAGCAGGCUCGCUGAGAUGGAAAGUCAGAACUGCUCCUUCUUUAAUGAUAGUCUGUCUCCUGAUGACAGCAUAGAUGAAGAUCAGUACCUGCUGAGACACUCAAGCCCCAUCACAGACCGGGAGCCUACCUUUGGGCAACAAGCACAGAACACCAUGGUUGCCGAUGACAAGGGGGAGCUGGAGAAGAUCCUGGCUCACCUGGAGGAUGAGAACCGGAUUCUCCAAGGGGAGCUACGACGCCUUAAGUGGCAGCAUGAGGAAGCUGCUGAGGGCCCCCCUGAUGUGGCCCAGGACUCCCGCAAUGAGGAGCUCUUGGCCGAAGCCAGGCUCCUUCGGCAGCACAAGAGCCGACUGGAGACCCGCAUGCAGAUUCUGGAGGACCACAACAGGCAGCUGGAGUCCCAGCUGCUGCGCCUAAGGGAGCUGCUGCUGCAGCCAGCCCCUGAAUCGGAAGGCAAUGGCUCUGGGGACUCCUCCCUGGCCUCUUCCCCACAGCAGUCAGAGGGCAGUCAUGCCCGGGAGAAGGAGCACGCCACCCCAGACACUGAGGCCGCAGAUGACGUGGGGCAGAAAAGCCAGGAUGUCAGCCUGUGCUUAGAGGACAUCAUGGAGAAGCUCCGCCAUGCCUUCCCUAACGUCCGAAGCCCAGAUGUGCCCGCCAGCACUCUACUGGCUUCCUGAUGCGUCCAAACGUUCACCCCCUACUCUGGAUCCCUGUUCUGGCUCUGGCCAGAUCCCUCGUCCCUGCCCCAGCCAGGCCCAUCCCGUCGCCACUGGCCCGUCUCAUUCCCUCAUCCCCCACUGGCUUAGUAGGCUUCAGGCAGCAGCAGGGACUUGAGGUGGGAGAAGCCAGAUGGGGGAGGGGGGAAGACGGGGAGCCAGCACAGGGACCUUCUGAUCCUCAGGCCAGCAGCCUGCUUCCUCUCCACACACUGCUGCCACAUCCCAGUAAAGCGGGGAUCGGGGGCAGCUAGGUACCUUAGGGCUAUGAGAAGGGCCUGUUCUGUUCCUGCCUUCUCUUUAGACCACAGGAGACGGGCGGCCCGGCACCUGCCUGGGGAUCUUGCCCUGUGGCCCAGCUCCAGAUCCAUGUGGGCACAAUCCCACCCCCUCCCCAGAGAGUCUGGUGCAGAGUGCUACUCAGCAUGGAUGGUUUGCUGCCUGGAACGCCUUCCUCCCUGUGCUCCAGCCCUCCUGCCCCCUAACUCGGCCUCUCCUCACUUGGCAGGAUGGUGCCCUAGUCAGGCUUUCAGACUAGUCUUCCUUGUUCCACUAACCCUCAGUGCCACACUGGUGGCCACAUGCUUCUUCUGGGCAUUCUCUAAAACCGGGGGCUCUUUCCGCCUUUGGAAAGGAGCCUUGAUUUUUGCUGGCUCCUAACACCACCUAACAUUUGGGCCACAUUUGGGAAAAUGGAAGCAACACUAAUGUAGGUUCCCUCCCCCCUUCUAUUUCCUCAAGGCCUCAGCCUCCUGGGCAAUUGGCCAGCGAUGCCCUGGGAAACCUAGCUGAAGGGCGGCUGCUUGCUUUCCUCUGGCCCCCACAGGUCCUGGAGAUUUGCCCAGUGGUUUCUCCUGUGGGAUCAGGGGUAGCAGCAGCAGGCCAGGUCUCCAAAAAGGCUUUGUCCCUGCCACCUCCUUAGGGCAAUAGUUGUAAAGGUGCCCCCCGUGCCGGCCUGACAGCCUGGCCUCUAAAGGCUUUUGGAGGAAGAAGCAGUUUCAGGGACGCCAUAGCAAUGUUCUCAGGGCCAUGCCUGGGCCCAGUGCCUCCCUGGGGCUCCUUCCCUCCUCCCCCCUCC